AUGGACCCACCUUCUGAGGACGAACUAAGCCCGUUCGACCUUUUUGGAUCUGAGAGCAGUGGUGAAGAGCCUGUACCCGAGACGCGUUGCAGGAAGAAGAUUUUUCGCAGGAAGACUGAAGAAGCUGGUGAGGAGCCUGAGCCCAAGAAGCAGCGGAGGAUGGAGCACCUGAACGACAUCGUCUUGAAAUUCCGCGAAGGAACCAAGCCAGCAUGCUCCGCGUUGCUUCGCUGGGCUUCCCCGGUCUUCGAUGGUAUGUUCAGCUCUGGCAUGAAGGAGGCAACUGAGCAGGUCAUUGAAGUGGAAGUAGCCACUCAAGAGGAAUUCGAGAUCUUUUACGGAUUGAUACUGCCUGGCGCCCGCUGCGAAACGCAGGUGACGCCCGAUAACGUCCAUGCCCUGCUCUGUAUCAGUGACUACUACCAGGUGGACUUUGUCAAAGAUGCCUGUGAGGAGCAGCUGUUGCGCAUGCCGGUAACGGUGGAGCGACUUCUGCAGGCCCACAAGCAUGACCUUCUCAAGCAGUAUAGGCGCUGCAUCGCAUCAUUGUCCCUCAUCAGCCAACCUCAGGACUUGGAUGCUUUGCCGCCAGAUGUCCUCCUCGAGCUGACGAAGGAGAUGCAGGAGCGACUCAAGCAGCUGCGAGGCAAGGCUAAAAACCUGUCUCAGAUCGUCUCUCAGCUUCCUACCGCCAGAAAAGGAAGUGUUAAAGGAGUUGGCGGGGGUCUGACCAUCUCCAAGGCGGACAUCCAACAUCUGAGGGAUGUGGUGAACAUGCUCAAGUAA